CGGGCUGUUCACUAUCACAUCAUGAUCAAUCCAACUGGGAGGAAAGGAAAAUUUCGAGGGGUAGACUGGUGCGUUGAGUUGAACAACCUUUUCACAAAGGUUAUCAAUGGAGGAAAAGGAUCAAACCACACUGUUUCGAGGAUUAUAAUGGAAUCUCCACUCAUUCAGAUAUACCGGAACUUACAUACAAUGUUCCAGAAUGACUUCCUGCACACUCAACAAACGACGCGACAUGCGGAGGCAGAUUUGUCAAAAACGUUCCAAGUCCUAUGUAGACAGAUGAAAAAACACUCCCCAAACGAAAUAGUGAAGGGGCGUGGAAGCUAUUACAGUAUCCCUGACGUCCUUGCCAAGGGACAGGAGUUGAUGGAAAAGAGUAACAUAGAUAACGAAGACGGAGGGCAAGAAGCUGCCGUUGGGGGAGGCGAGGAUGAGCGCCCAUCAGUUGAUGAUGUCGCUGUUGAAUUAGUUUGGUAA